AUGGCGUCAAACAUAGCGUUACCACCGCGAGUCAGUGUUCUUGGGAGGCCGAAGACGGAGGUUGAGCUGUUGCGGGAGAAAAACAAAAAACUCGAGGUGUAUGUCGCGGCGGCUCUGUUGGACCUGAAGCAGGAGCGUGUAAAUGUGGAAGCCUACAAGAGGGAGGGCGUGCCGAGCCGUCGCGCCCGACAACGUAAAGACAGAGAGGCAAUAAAGCAGAAGAGGAAAGACGAGAAAUCGGAGGAGCAACUGGACGCCGACGCGAAAGUCCGCGAGCAGAAGAAAAAUUUCGGCAUGGACGUAACGCCGUCGCCCACGGAGUCUCAAGAAGCAAAAUGGAAGCAAACACAGGACGACGCUUAUGAGAGAAGCCUCGAAAAAUACAGAAACCGCAUCCGGCGCAAUGAGGUCCAACUGCUGAUCGCCGCCGCCGUUGGCCGCCAGCACCGCGAGACCAACUUGGCCAUGAAGUCGGGCAAGCUGAUCACGGGCGCCGACCCGGCCAUCCCCCGUCACUACAAGGCCUUUGACCGCAGGCGCACUGAAAGCCUCACCGACACGGCCGAGAUACGGGCCAGGAACCUAAAGAAUCAUUACACCGAUGAGAAUAUCCGCCGGAACCGAUCGAGGUCGCCUACCCCGUCUCCGCCCACCAGCCACAGAAGCAGUAGCUCCGGCUCCAGCUCCAGCGGUGGCAGCAGCACCAGCGGUUACGACAGCGACCCUCCCCGAGAUAGAGACGUGAACAGCUACCUAGGCACUGACCCCUCGACCUCGGGUCACGGCUCGCACUGGACGGGCAGCUUGAGCAGCUCGAGCAGUUCGGGCAGUUCGGGCAGCUCGGGCAGCUCGGGCAGCUCGGACAGCGCUGACGACGUCACGCUACCGGACUCGGAUGACCUGGGGUCCGAUUCUCCGAGCGACGAUGAUCCUACCGACGAUGGGCUGGGAUCCGAUUCUCUGAACGACGAUGAUAUUGAGCAACCAUUCAGCGACUCGGACGACUUCAAUGCUGAUGACGAUGACUUUGAUGCCGAGGAGUUCGACGAUGCGACUGUGGCCGUGGCUAUGGCCAUGUUCGCCCAAUCGCAAGCAGAGACUGGCUCGGAAGAUGCUCAUACCGCUGUUGAGAACAUUGGAGAGGGUGUGUUGGCCGGGUUGAAGAAGAAACAUUACACUGACUUUUCGACAAUGACCCCAGAAGAGGUGCUGGCACAUUGCGAGAAGGCCAGUGACAGGUUGGACAAACGCGCCAAGAGCAGUGAUCGAAGUAGAAGCCGUCACCGCACCACACGGCGAUGUCAUGGCAGACUGUUUCCAGUUCCCCUUCCAUGUCCCGACUGGGACCCUUGCGAUAACAAGAAAGGCCCCUCGGGAGGGCCGCCAAACCGACCUCGCAAGCCCGGUCAGGACGAGUUCGACCCAAAGAACUGGCGCAUUACUCCAGGGCCAGAUAAGUUUGACGAUGGAGACUCUGUCACGUAUACUUGGAAGAGACAGAAGAAGCCCAGGAGUGAAUGGCAAAGCCAGAUCGAGACGGGCUGGAAGUCGUGGAAGGACCAGCAGCGCCAGUUCCCAACUCUGGACCGGACCUUGCACCUCGACGGCUUUAAAGCUCCUCGGCCAACAUGGUUUCCGGAAACGGUCGAAGACGAGGUCUGGGAUUCGGAUGUCCGCGCCAAUGCCGAACGCAAGCUCGAUGAGGGCACGGCGCCGCCGCUUUCGCUUGACGCCAUCACCACACUCUCGCUUGGUAGGCGCGCCGUCUCGGGGUGGGGCGAUGAGUACUCCCAGGAUCCCCUCGACUUUAACACCGGGACCGGCCGUCCCCAGACCACGCCCGCCGGAAGACCGCCCGCCGGAGGAAGGAAAGAAGGAGUGGACCCGCCAUCGUCGCAGCAGAACACUUCGACUGGUAGAAAGAAUAAACCCACGCCACUGGAGUUGUAUAACCAGACCAGCGCUAUCAGGUUCCCCAUAACCUCGCUCGUCGUCCGGGACUCUGCGACAAAGCCUGACAAGCCUGACCUGCCCGCGACCACGCCGCCGGCGCCGGCUUCUCCUAAGAUCGCAUGGUCACCACCGCCGGCUUCUCCGAAGAUCGCAUCGCCAGCACCCGAACCAAAUGUCAAUGUUAGCCCGGUCAGCUCCGAUGGGUUCGACCCCGACUGGACGGCACGAUUAGCAAACUUAAAAAUACCCGAUGCGCCCAAGCUUUCGGCCGAGGAGGAAGCCGCUAUUAUCGCGCAAUAUGUUGUCAACCCCCAGACCAGCACAACUCCUCCUGGCCAGAAACCUCCUCCUAGCCCGAAGACCCCUUCUGGCCAGAAACCCCCUCCUUCUGGCCAGAAACCCCCUCCUGGCCAGAAACCCCCUCCUCCUGGCCAGAAGACCCCUACUGGCUCGAAGACUCCUUCUCCUGGCCUGAAGACCCCUACUGGUCCGAAGACUCCUUCUAACCCAAAGACUCCUCCUUCUGGCCCGAAGAAUCCCACGCCUCAUGUGUCGCCGUCGCCUGUCAAGACUCCCACAUCUCCUCCUACUCCUACUGGCCAGAAGCCUCCUACUGGCACGAAUGAUUCCUUGAGCUUAGAUGAUCGCUUAGAUAAUUCCUUUCAUGUCAACCCCGGGGGACUGUUCGAUCCAGCUGCUGUCCCUGGAUCGCCCAUCUACCUUGUCAAACCCGGCGAUAUUGGGAGGAAGACACCUAGGCCAACUUUUAGCCUGGUUAAUCGUCUAGAUGAUCCCUUAUAUGUCACCCCCGGGGGACUUUUCGACAAUAAUCUGACCCCUGGAACGCCCACCUACCUUGGCGAUCCCAGCAAGUAUGCCAAAAAUGUACUCCCGGGUUUACCCAAGCCUUCCUCCGAUGCCGCAGCGCAAAGCAUGAUGGCACAGUACGCUGGGUCGAGCACAAGUAGCACGGGAAGCAGCCCGACCAAGAGGCGCGCGCAGGGGCAGCUGACUCGGUCAAACAAACCGAAGAAGAACAGGACCGUCAUCCACCGGGCAGGCUUCGACUACGAGAGCACGGGAAGCAGCAGCAGCAGCAGCGGCCGUGACUCGGAAGUGGAUGACGAGAUGAGCGACGCCUCUGAUGGCGGAGCCGCGACUUCGCUUACAUCACAUACCAGCCUAUUCCAGCCUCUGUCCUCCUAUUACGGUUCAGCUGACUUGGGAGCAUCGCUAUUCACUGGUCCCUACGAUGGCACCCAUCCGGAUGGCUUCGACAGUGGCGAGGAGGAGGAGGAGGUGCUCAUGAGGGCGCACCCGGGCCUGGUGCGCGAGUACAAGGCGGCGCGCGAAAACCUCAGGCGGAUUAGAGCCGGCAGACUGUCGCCGACGCAAGACCCCACACGGCAAACAGCCGAGAGACGGUUGGCGCUCGCCACGUCGCAGCUCAAGCUCGUCCUUCGCGAGGAUAGGCGGCAGCGGGCCGAGGAGGCGCACGAGAGGGAAGACGGUUCGGAGGAGGCACGGAAGGCGCGGCGGGAUCUGGCAAAUCUGGGCGGCCUGGGCCGCGGACUGGGCGGGUUGAACCUUGGCAAGCAGAAGCAGAAGCAGAAGCAGAAGCAGAAGCAGAAGCAGAAGCAGGGGCUCCGCUUGGGCUUGGGCGCGCCGCCGAACCUCAACCCGUACCACCCACACCAUCUAGGCCAGACGGCACCGCCGGUGGUGUUGAAGAAGACGAGCGUGCAACGCCGCCCGCACAAGCGCAAGCACAGGCACAGAAAGUCGGUCAGCUUUUUGCUUGGCAGGGACCCCAAUGACACAAUGCGCGACGAGAUGAGACGCGCGCUCGGUCGGUAUGAGAAGACUUCUUCGCGCCGCGGGUUGUUUUCCCCACCCCGGGGAGGUAGAGACGUGCCGAGAAGAUAA